GGUCGGACUGUAGUCGUCCCCCAUCCUCCUCCAAUUGAGAUCGAAAACCUGGGCUGCGGCGGACUCGUCUGUAGCAUAGCAGCAGCCACCGGGAACAAGAUGGCGGCGGCGUUGCCGCAGCUGGACGACGAGAUCGUCCGCGGCAUGGCCAUCGGCGCUGUCUUCACCGACUAUGCCGGGAAGAUAAACUGCCUCGACUUCCACCGCAAGGAAGAUCUCCUGGUCACCUCCAGUGACGACGACUCCAUCCGCCUGUACAACAUCACCAGCGCGACGUUGUUGAAGACUACAUAUCACAGGAAACAUGGUGCUGACCGUGUCUGUUUUACUCAUCAUCCAAGUUCUAUCUUAUGCUCUUCACGAUACAACCUAGAGUCUGCAGAGUCACUUCGUUAUCUGUCAUUGUAUGACAACCGUUGCUUAAGAUACUUCAAAGGGCACAAAGACAGGAUCGUUUCAUUAUGUAUGUCACCUGUCAAUGAUAGCUUUAUGUCAGGAUCACUUGAUCACAGUGUCAGAAUAUGGGAUCUUCGCGUAAAUGCUUGUCAGGGCAUACUAAGGCUGCGUGGUAGACCUUCUGUUGCAUAUGAUCAGCAGGGACUUGUUUUUGCUGUAGCAAUGGAAGGGGGUGCUAUCAAGUUAUUUGAUUCCCGAUCGUAUGACAAGGGUCCGUUUGACACUUUCUUGGUUGGUGGCGAUACAGCUGAAGUUUCUGACAUCAAAUUUAGCAACGAUGGCAAGUCUAUGCUUUUGACAACAACUAACAACCAUAUAUAUGUUCUGGAUGCAUAUGGAGGGGAUAAGAGAUGUGGCUUUAGUUUAGAGCCAUCUCCUAAUGUAACAAAUGAAGCCGCUUUCACUCCAGAUGGUCAAUAUGUAAUUUCAGGAUCAGGUGAUGGAACCCUGCACGCUUGGAACAUCAAUACAGUACAAGAGAUUGCUUGUUGGAACAGUCACAUUGGUCCUAUUACUGCAUUGAAAUGGGCCCCUCGUCGAGCAAUGUUUGCAACUGCAUCAACUGCUCUAACUUUCUGGAUUCCCAACCAAUCGAAUUAGAAUUAGGUGCCUGGAAAAAGAAGGGAUGGAAUUUCAUAUAUGUUAACUUAGCAAGUGUUUAUAUCCUGUUCUUUUGUCCAAAAGAUAGAUGUCAUGUAUGCAACACUUCAUUACCAUCUGCGGAAACAAUGACAGUUCCUGCUCCCUUUCCUUUUUAUAUGUACACUUGCCUGUUAAAUUGUUGUGUUCUUAUAUAAAGUUGUCUUGGUGAUUUACUCCAAA